AUGCUCGGUUGCAGAGCAGACUUUGGGCUUGAUUCGAGCAGCUCUUCUGAGGAUUCGCAAUGUAACAAUCGCCAGCAAUGCACAAGAAGAGGCAGAGCUGGUACAUAUUCAACAAGAAUAGCAAGCAAUAUGAGACAAGGUUGUGCGGAUGUUCAGCCGAAUUCAUCAUGCACAGAGGUAUGCAUGCUACACUGUAAAGCAAUCAAGCACAGCUCUGUAGCAAGCCUACAAAAGUAUAGCUUUUGUAAUGCCUCAAGCACGGAUACAACAACCAAAGGCAGCACGGCCACAAAGCAAUACAGCAACGAAAGCACCUACAAUCGGAAUGAUAGUGCAGAGGCGGAUGAAAACCUGAUAUCCUUGCAGUAUUUGAUCAUUCAAGCCGAGAUAGAAAUGCAAAACAUCAUUGGCGAACGAAUCAGCCAGUACAUGGAGAUUAGCAAAGGCCUAAAUGAAAAGAAAAUGGAAAUCAGGAGGAGAAAGAGAGAAGUGCUGGGCGAAAUAAACAUUGCUGAGCACAUGCAAAAACCCGUGUUUGAGGAAAAGGAAUAUAAGCAUGCAUCUACGGAAACACUAGGCUCGACUGACGACAAAAUUGAAUGUUUUGCUGAUUUUGAAACAUCCAUGUUCGCAUACAAGGCAAGAAACGGAACCAAAAUGUACAUCUGCCCGUAUGAAGGAUGCACAAUGGAGCUGCCUACUGUAAGUAGAAUCAAGCGGCAUUAUAUUGUUCAUACUAGAUUACGACCUUUUAAGUGCCUGAACAGAGACUGUAACAAACGAUUUUCAAGAAAGGACAAUAUGCUUCAGCACUAUAAGGUUCACUGUAGCUACACAUAA